AUGGAAAUAUACGCAAAGUCUUAUGAUGUCAAGAUCGGGCGAGUUAUCAAAAAGGGGAACUAUCCUAUGUCGGCUGCUGCUCAACCACCUGCUGAUCCUGAAGAUAUAGAUGAAUAUACUAAUGAACAAAUGGCAGUUGUGCAAGUUAAUGUUAAAGCAAGGAAUCUGCUCUAUAAUGCUAUAAGUGGUGAGGAAUAUGAGAAAAUCUCCAGUUACGAUACAGCCAAAGAGAUGUGGGAUAAACUUGAAGUUACUUAUGAAGGAACCAGUAAAGAUUUGAACAAAUUAUCAUACGAUGAACUUCGAGGAGAACUUAUAACCUUCGAGAAAACUCAUCUCAAGAAAACAAACCAAGAAGAAAAGAAGAAAAUAGUUGCUUUCAAGGCUACAACUGAAAGAGCAGACAAUGAUAUUGAUGACGACCCUGAAGCUCUUCAAGAAGAAAUUGCCAUGGUAUCAAGGAACAUGGAUGGUUUAAUGAGGAGAUACAGGAAUACAAGAAGAGGCAGGAUACCACCCAGGCGAACUAGACAAUAUAACGAACAAGACAAAAAUGAUGGCAAAUGUUACGAGUGUGGAAGAUUUGGGCAUGUUCAAGCUGAGUGUCCUGAUCUUAAAAGAAAGGUUUCCAUAGGUUAUAACAAGAACAAAUCAUUUGGAAGCCGGAGUGAUGAAGACAGUUCAGAACAUGAAGAAAUAGCAAAUCUAUGUUUCAUGACAAUUCUGGAAAACGACAUGAACAAACUCUCAGGGUGCUGGACAGAUGAGGACACUUCAGAUGACGAAUGCAAAGAUGACAAUGAGAAUUGUUUCAUGGCGCGAGGUGAAACAAGCGAGGAAUUGCAAAUGCAACUCAAUGGCAUGCGCAAAUCCACCAGUCAUAGUUCUGUCAAGUCGAACCAGGCGACUUACAAGUCAAUUGGAGAAGGACCAGCCAGAACAGAGUCCACUAGUACUAACACAAAUGAAAGAUCCAAAAAUGGAUCAGGACUUACGUGUCACUACUGUAACAAAAGUGGACAUAAAUAUUCUUUUUGUCGACUUCGUAAAUCAAAUGUCUCCGGAUGGAUUUGGAAACCCAAAAACAAUCCUGAGUCCAGUAAUACUAACCAACAAGGACCCAAGCAAGCUUGGAUUGGUAAACAAACUAGAAACUCUCUCAAAAAUAAAGAUAUUGUAUCUACUCCAAAGCCCUUGCAAUUGCUUCAUAUGGACUUAUUUGGACCCAUUAGAACUGCUAGCAUAAGAGGAAAACGAUAUGCCUUUGUUAUUGUUGAUGAUUACUCACGCUUUACUUGGGUGAUUUUUCUAUCUCACAAAGAUGAAGCUUUGAAAAAUUUUGAGAUCUUCUGUAAAAAGGUCGAAAGAGAAAAGGGGUAUCUUAUUACAACAAUUCAAAGUGAUCAUGGAGAAGAAUUUGAAAGCAGAGCAUUUGAAGAUUUCUGCAAUGAUCAAGGAUACACCCACAAUUUCUCUGCUGCAAGGUCACCCCAACAGAAUGGAGUUAUUGAGCGAAAAAAUAGGACUUUACAAGAUAUGCCAAGAACUAUGAUACUAGAAUAUUUGUUGCCAAAUCACUUCUGGGCAGAAGGAAAGAAUCAGUACAUGUUAUCUUUGAUGAAAAUAACACUUCGGCCGAGAAAGGAAUUAUUGCAGGCGAUGAAGAUCAAAUUCAAAAAAAUUCAAGAGACAAGCAAAUCUCAAGAGUCGACUAAUAAACCUGAUGGUGUAAUGGAGUCAACUAAUGAGAUUAGCAACAGUCAAUCAGAAUCUCCGAAGGAGUCAACUACUCAUACAAGUACAAUUCGUCCAAAUGAAUGGAGAGGUGAACCAGAAUAUCCUCAAAAGUUUAUCAUACGAGACCCAAGCGAAGGAAUGAAAACUAGGGGAGCUCUCAAGAAGAAAGCAAACAUAGCACUGAUUUCCCAGAUUGAACCAAAGAAAAUAGAGGAAGCUCUGAAAGACUCAAGCUGGUUACAAGCAAUGCAGGAAGAGCUUGAUCAAUUUGACAAAAAUCAAGUGUGGAAACUGCUGCAUAAGCCUGAAAAUGCUCAUGUAAUUGGAACAAAAUGGAUUUUCAGAAAUAAGCUAAAUGAGGAUGGAAAGGUUGUGAGAAACAAAGCCAGAUUAGUAGCUCAAGGAUACUCACAACAGGAAGGAGUCGACUACGACGAAGAUACUCACAACAGGAAGGAGUCGACUACGACUAAACCUUUGCUCCAAUAG